AUGCUCAAGUUUCCUACCUUUAAUCAACAAAGCAUCGAUUGGGCUCACGAUUUUGAUUACAAUCUUUAUAAUUGCAGGGAGUCACUGAAUGCUCCUGGAUGUGAUGCAAUCCAUAUAAUUGAAAUUGAAACAGACAUUGAUUACGACACUUUCAUACCAUCUAUCAACACUUCAGAAUUCCAACUAUGGUAUUCGUCAUUCCCACAACUUGAGAAUGGAAUCCGCCAUUCCUUCACUACAUAUGUUCGUGUGAAAAGCUCAGGAAUUGAAGCCCCCAAGGUUAAUGGAUCGUUGUCUGAAUGUCAUUCCGACUCACCAAAAUUUGAUGCAAGAAUGUUCUCUUUGACCAACAGGAACAACUUGGAAGGGCCUAAAAAUGGCAAAGCUUCAACUCUCACCAUUUCCAAGAAACUCAAGCUUGAAGACUUGAUAGGAUAUGAUUUAGCAGUUGCUGUGUCAAAAGAAUUCGCCACUGCUUUUCCUGAUCGCACUUUCAUCUCUCCUAUAGUUGACCUUCUUCGUAAAAAUUGGCGAAAUGGUAAUUUAACUGUAGCCAUGACUGAUGAAGAAAUAGUAGAGAUAGUGUUGUUCCCUGUGGUGAAUGAAGCAUGUCGUGUUCUAGAGGAAAAAAUUGUUGUUAAAGCAUCCGAUCUUGACAUUGCAUCUGUUCUUGGGAUGAGUUUUCGUUCAUAUCGUUGUGGCAUUGUUUUUUGGGCAGAUGUUGGGAGUAAACACAUAUAUACAGGUCUGAAAAAAUGGUUUGAAAAAUAUGGCAACUUUUAUAAACCAUCAAGAUUCUUGGAAGAAAGAGCCAUGAAUGGUGUCUUAUUGAGUGCACCUAUAAAUACGGGUUCUAGAGCACGUAUGGGCAUAGUCGUAAUCUCCAUCAUCAUCAUCCCCAUCUCCUUCAAACCUGGCUGCUGGUGUAUAGUAGGAGCCCCUAUCAUUCAUCUCCCUGUUUGUAUGGCUCCUACACCACCACCCUCUGAUUGA